CUGCAACUCCCUCCCUCCGUCAGUUUAUCACCAACGCUUGUGAGGUCGAGGCUAACAGAUUAACAAAGACAGGUAAAGAAAGAGAAAGAGAGAGAAACAAACCGAAGGACAGACAAAGAAAGAAAAACAAGAAGGGAAGGAAAAGAGACAGAAGAAAAAUAAAAUAAAGUGAGUGAAGGAGAAGAAAAAAAGGAAAGAAAAAAUCAAAAGCAUACACCAUAUACAUCACUAAGAAGAGAAAGAGAGAGAAGAAAGAAAAAGAAAAUAAGAUAAUACAAGGAAGAUAGAAAGAUAAAGAAAAGUGAAACAACGAACAAAAAAGAGAAAAAAAAACAAGAGAGAGAGAGAGAGAGAGAGAGAGAGAGAGAGAGAGAGAGAGAGAGAGAGAGAGAGAGAGAGAGAGCUGGCAAAACAACAACAAAAAAGUGUAAAAGUGUACGAAUGAGUAAAUAAGAGAGAGAGAGAGAGAGAGAGAGAGAGAGAGAGAGAGAGAGAGAGAGAGAGAGAGAGAGAGAGAGAAGGAGGUGUAGCAGAGGGUGAGAGUGGAGUCAGGCAAGGUGUGGUGCUGCAAACACGCCUUCAGGAUGAGCGUGGCUAGAGUUCUCAGCCCCCUCCGUCUUGCUGCCCCGGAGAAGAAUGGACAGACUAGCGGGCGGACCAGCAUGACGGAGGGUCUAGCCACGCCCCUCCGCUCCGUACUCACCUGCGGGGGCUGCGGCAGGCGUUACGAUGACGCCUCCCACAGACCCAAGUUCCUCUCGUGCUUCCACACCGCUUGUCUCUCCUGCUUGAGGAAGGAUUUCAGCGGCGGCAAGGUGAAGUGCCCGACUUGUGCCUGCGUGACCGAGGUGAAGUCCGCGGACAGCCUGCCGGACAACACGCAGCUGUGCACCAUCCUCCUCAACAUGUCCUCUCUCAACCUGCACGAGGCCGGCACCUCCACCCCCGCCCGGGACACCUGCCCCGCCCACGCCGCCCGCAUCAACUUCUGGUGUGAUACGUGCAGGAUGCCACUCUGCCGCGACUGCACCGUGCUGGCCCACCGCGAGGCGCAUGGACACAAGGUGCGCGAUCACGACCAGGCGGUGGCGGUGCUGCGGGCGGAGGUGCGCUCGUCGGUGGGUGAGGCGCGCACGCUGCUGCAGGAGACGCGUCGCCUGCGCCACGACCAGCGCAAGUACCUCCUCCGCCAGCUGGACGCCGCCCGCGCCUAUGAGAAGCAACUCAAGUCUGAACUGAAGGCGCUGGACAACGACAAGAAGGAGGAUAGCCGCGGCCUGGACCGUAUCGAGACAGAUUCCGAGCAGGAGACUUCACUCAUCAGCCUGCAGGAGAUGGCGCAGUCGGGCGGGGUCUGUGGUGUCCCGCCUCUCCCGGGACCUCGCCGCCGCCAAGGCCGUGCUGGCGGACUCCUUCCUCUCGCUGGGCAAGCUGCACCGCUCCCAGGACGAUCUGGACGCCAUCGAUAUCAAGUCCACGGCCAGCGGCAGCGGCGGGGGCUCGUGCGAGGGGUCGCCGGCGCGGAGCAGCACCGCGGAGGCGGGGGCCAGCCGCUCCAGCACGCCGGAGACACGGUCCCCGGGCAGUCCGGCGAGGGCUUGCGUGGAUCGCCGCAGCCAGAGCCUGGCGGGCCACUACAGCAGCCGCCGGCUGGCCCACAACGGACGGGCGGGCAAGGUGGCGGCGCUGAGGCCAACGCUCAGCCUGGAGGCGGCGGCGCCCACCAUCCAACCUUUGCCGCGGGUGUACCUUGACCUGAGCAUCGAGGGCAUCCAGCAAACAGCGCGGGUGGUGAUUGAGCUGCGGCCCGACAGGGCGCCCAGGCUGUGCGAGAACUUCACGCUGCUGUGCACGGGUGCGCGGGGCUUCGGGUACCGCGGCAGUCAGGUGUUCCGCUGCCUGCCGGGCUGGUGGCUGCAGGGCGGCGACUUCCAGAACAACGACGGCGAGGGCGGCAGGGCGGCGCUGGGCGACGAGGAGCUCAUCAGCGCCGAAACCACGGACUUGGAGCCACGGCCCGGGGCGGUGGAGAUGCUGUGUAUGUCCACCAAUGAGCAGGGGCGGCUGAUGGUGGGGUCGCAGUUCUUCAUCCACGUCAAGAAGUACAGCUACACUCACGUCUUCGGUUACGUAAUCGACGGCCUCGACCUCGUGGACAAGAUGACGCAGCUUGGGGACUCGGCGCACGUGUACCGUCCCUCAAAGACCAUCACAAUAGCUGACAGUGGGCUGCUGGCUGCUUAGGGGACGGUUCCACGCCGCCACCACCAUCACCGCCGCCACCACCACCACCAUCACCACCACAACCACCACCACCAAUAACCUUGUCUCCUCCUCGUCCCCUUUCCUCUUGGCCUUGGUCCUUUUCCUCCUCCUCUUCCUCUUUCUCCUCCUCCUCUGUUAAAUCAAGACUACUUACACAUAUAUUUCCCUAUAUUUUGUCCCUUUUCUUUUUUUUUUUUUCUUUUUUUCUUUCUCUUCUCCUCCUCCUCCUCCUCCUCCUCCUCUUCCUCCUCCUUUUUCCUUCCUUUUCCUUCGAUGUUCCUUCCUCCUCAUCCUCCUCUUGUUCCACUUCCUCCUCCUCGUUUCCUUCUCUCGUCACUCACUAUCUAAAGAAUAUAUGUUUUUCUUUUUUCCUCCUUCAUAAAACUACUUCCUAUUCUUUCCUUUAACACGAAAUCUUCCUUCUUAUAUUUUUCCUUUACUUUUAUUUUCCUUUAAAUAGAAACUUCUCGCUAUUUUUUUCUCUUCAUUUUUCAUUUUUCUUUUAAUUUCCUUCGUUCUUUGUUUUUCCCUUUUCCUUACCCAAUGAAAAAUAUCAAACGAGGAAAUCGUUUAAAUAAUAUUUUUUUCCUUUCUUUCUUCAUUUAUUGAUCCCUAUUUUUUUCUUCCUUCCUUCAUUUAUUCUUGCCUCUUCCUUUUCUUCUACAAAUACAAUUACCUCCUCCUUCUUCUCCUCCUCCUCCAUCCUUCGCCACCCCGUCACAUGAAUUCCCGUCCCAUCCUGUCGUGCCCCAUCUCAUCUGCCCCACCCAGCACCCACCUGCCCCUCCCUCCACUCCCCCCCUCCCUUUCCUGUAGGAGUGACAUAAUUUUUUCUUUUCCUUCCUGGAGCGUCUGCAGUACUGUGGCUUAAUGCACUCCUUCCUUCCUUCUUUCCUUCCAUCUUCGUUUUCUAUUUUCAUCCAUCCCUUUCUCUCUUUUCCUCUAUCUUUCCCUUUUUUUUCUUUUUUUUUUCAUUAAUUAUGCACUCCCUUCCUUCCUUCCUUAAUUUUUCUCUCUCCUUUCGUCUAUCCUUCAAGUCUAUCUUUUUUUUUUUUUUUCCUAAUCCCUCUUCUGUUCUCUUCCUUCAUCUACUUUCCCCUCUUUCCCUUUAUCUAUUCCUUCUUUUCUUGUUUGAUUUUUUCUUGGUUUUCCUUUUUUCUUACUAACCUUCAUUAUCUCCUUUCUUACUUUUCAUAUGUCCGUCUAUCUUUUCCUUCCUUCAUCCUUCCAUCCCUCUCCCUCCUUUCCUUUCCUUCCUUCCUUCCUUCAUUCAUUCCUUCCUUGUUCUUAUUUUCCGUUCCCGUUUGUUCAUUACUCUUUCUCCUUCUAUUCCUUCAUCCCACCAACCUUUUUCCUUUCCUUCCCUUCCAUCCUUCAUUUCUCGUUCCUUUCCCUCUUUUUAUUUUCCUUCAUCACCACUAAAUUACUCCUUCCUUUCUUCGUUUGUUUCUCCGUCUUCCCUUCCUAUCUUCUCACUCUCCCUCCCUCUCUCCCUCCUUCUCCUCCUCAUCUCCUGAGGAAUCACUUCACUUCCUUCUCCAUUACAUCUUUUAAUAGACGCUGUUUGGCAAUCAGUCCUUCUGUUUAUUUUCCUUCCUCCUCCUCCUCCUCCUCCUCUUCCUCCUCCUCCUCCUCCUCCUCCUCCUCCUCCUCCUCCCUCUCUUCGUCGGUUAAGUAUAUAGUUAAAACAUUACGGAAUAUUAUAAAACUAGAGAGAUUAUUGACACAGAUACAAUAUUUAUCAUGAAACUGACUAGAAGAAAGAAAACCCAUAUAGUAUUUUUCAUAUAUAUUUUUAAGGGUUAAUCAGUUUCCUCUUGUUUACCUCCUCCUCCUCCUCAUCCUCCUCCUCCUCCUCCUCCUAUUCCUCCUCCUCCUCCUCCUCCUAUUCCUCCUCCUCCUCCUCCUCCCCGUUGUUGUUCGUGUCUAGCUAAUAAAAAAAAAAGAUGAAUAAAUAGUAAAAACAAAACAAAAAAAAUAAAUAAAUAAACAUUCUUAGUAGGAAAGAAUUA